ACGCAGACUGUAUUACAUGACAUUUCAACGCACCAAUCACUCGCUGAGGAGCUGAUUGAGUCUACUUCCCUACACUGGAAUAGCUGAGGGGAAGCGGGCGGACGGCGAUCUCGCACGGAUAUCUCAUCAUCAGCCGAGUGUGCACGGUCAGAUCAGCCUGCGAGAGAGCUCCGGAAUACAGCGGGCCAUCGACUUCUCUUCCCACCCGGUCCCCGUGUCUGCUGCAGGGAGAUGGCCGGUAUUUUGGCGUGGUUUUGGAACGAGAGGUUCUGGCUCCCCCAUAAUGUAACCUGGGCUGACUUAAAAAACACAGAUGAAGCAACGUUCCCGCAAGCCGAGGAUCUGUAUCUGGCGUGUCCUUUAGCAUUCUGCAUCUUUAUGAUACGGCUGGUUUUCGAAAGGUUUAUCGCAAGACCAUGUGCCAUGGGCCUGAAGAUCCAAGCCAACGGGCCACAGAAAGCACAACCCAACGCCAUCCUGGAGAAGGUUUUCACUGCGAUAACCAAGCACCCAGAUGAGAAGAGGUUGGAGGGCUUGUCCAAGCAGCUCGACUGGGAUGUGCGGACCAUCCAGCGCUGGUUCAGACAACGCCGAAACCAGGAGAAGCCCAGCACUCUGGCUCGAUUCUGUGAAAGCAUGUGGAGAUUUACGUUCUAUCUCUACAUAUUUACCUACGGAGUGCGUUUCCUUAAAAAGACUGCGUGGCUGUGGAACACUAAAGAAUGCUGGUACAACUACCCUUACCAGCCACUGACUGUGGACAUCCAUUAUUACUAUAUACUGGAGCUGUCUUUCUACCUGUCCUUACUCUUUUCCCAAUUCACAGACAUCAGGAGGAAGGAUUUCCUGAUCAUGUUCCUGCACCAUGUGGCAACAAUCUCCCUCAUCACCUUUUCCUAUGUGAACAACAUGGCACGAGUGGGGACUCUGGUCAUGUGUCUCCACGAUGCAGCCGACGUGCUGAUAGAGGCUGCCAAGAUGGCCAACUAUGCCAAAUGUCAGAUACUGUGCAACCUCUUGUUUGCAAUGUUUGCAAUUCUCUUCAUAAGUUCCAGGCUGGGAGUUUACCCUGUCUGGAUUUUAAACACCACCUUGUUCGAGAGUUGGGAGAUCGUAGGGCCCUACCCGUCCUGGUGGGUCUUCAACCUGCUUCUGAUCCUGCUGCAGCUUCUUCACUCCUUCUGGUCCUACCUCAUAGUGAAGACAGCGUGCCGAGCCAUCUCCAAAGGAAAGGUGGGGAAAUGGAAUCCGUUACAUGUGUCUAAAGAUGACCGCAGUGACAUCGAGUCCAGCUCUGAUGAGGAUGACAGCCCCCCACCGAACCACAAGCACCACAGCAGCAGCACCAACGGGACCAACAAAAAUCACGGGACCAACGGUUACCUGACAGGGGCCCCGUAUCCCGACGAACACUGACUAGCUGAUAUCACUACACUGGAGCCAUGCUACAGACACCAUCCAUCACUCUGUGUGUGUGUGUGUGUGUGUGUACGUGAGCGGGUGUGUGUAUGGUUGAGACAUGAUCAACAUCGCCUGUCUGGUACUGGAAGUUCUUGAUAGAUUUAUGUGAAUGCAGUUUUGUUAUCAAUUUGAUUCCUUACUAAUUUCCUCACGCAAUUUAUUCUCUUCAUCUAUAUAUUUGCAUCAAACUGCACUCAGUGAAAUAUCAAAGCACUCCUAUCGGUACAACCCACUCUCUGUUUAGCCAAUGAAUGAAAGCAUUCCACUUUAUGGUGUAAGCAUGCUACUUUAACAUACAGUAGUCUGGCAUACUGGGGGUGUGUGUUUUCUUAUGUUCGUGUCUUUCUAUGUUAUUUAUUUUUUAUAAAUAUGUUUGCAGAGGUUGGGACAUCUAUUUAAUUUGAUGUCAGUGUUAAAGAUGACAUAAUCUUGAAGAACAACAACACAGCUGUUUUUUCCUCACACCACACACAUCAUGAUGACGAGUAUUAGCGAAAUGCUGAAGACCUGGGUUUACUUUCAAUGCUACACCCCCAAAGAUAUGCCAAAAUGUGUGAAGUUUACUCACAUUUUAAAACACAUUCUCCACUCAAACUGUAUAUGAGAUGUCAAUAACAGUAUUAUGUGUGUGCAUCAGAUAUGGCUAGAUGCUGUAUUCCCUAUUAAAGCAUUUUGUUAAGUAUUCUGGUACAUUUCUGGUAAGCAUUUCAUUAAAGGCCAUUUGUCCUCCUGGGAGGCAGACAUGAGUUGUUUGAGUUAUUCAAUAAAAAAACAUGAAGA